AUGCAAACAAAAGAUAUUUCACAUAAUCUAUCUCAAUUCAAUUGUAAUCUAUCAACCAUAACGACUACGACACCACCACAACCAACAACAACAACAGACAAAUUGAAUUCCUCAUCAUCUACAUCAUCAUCAUUUUUAAUUACAGAUAUUCUUUCAUCAAAUAACAAUAUUGAUCAAAUUGAACAUUUAACAAACACCAAUCUAUCAUCUACCAAUCAGAUUAAUUCUACACAACAACAACAAAACAACGAGGAUAUUGAAUCAUUCAUUGUUAAACAUGAAGAUAACAUUAAUAGUAUGAUGAUGAUGACAAAUACCACUCAUCCUAUAUGGCAAUGGUUAUUGGAUUCCUUCUUAUCACCACUAGGCACAAAUGAAUCAAUAACACGUGAUGAAUUUCUCAAUAAAAUCAAAGAAAAAUUCCCUACAACAACAACUAAUAAUGUACAUAAUAAAGAAAUAUUAUCACAUUUUUCAUUACAAUUAAAUAAACAAUUGUGUCAAUAUCAAUCUAUUGAACAACCAGAUGAUAACGCUACAUUUAAAUUGAAUAUUGAUUCAUUAAAACAAUUAUCACAUGAAUUUUGGCGAUUAUUUCAAGAAACUUCUUUAAAUAAUAAUAACAAUAAUAAUAAUCAUUCUAACAAAGAGCCAAAUUCAAAAACAUGCUACAACAAUGAACAAUUAAAUCAUUCAAAUGAAUUAAAAUUAUUUUGGACAAAAUCAUAUGAACAAUAUUUCCGCCAUACAUUAUUAGGUCAAUUAAAACAAACGGAACAUUCAAUUGUCAAUAAUAAUAGUGAUAAUAAAAAUAAUGACAAUACUAUUCAUAUUAAAAAUAAAAUUAAACGUAAAGAACAAAAAACGAUAGAUUUAAACAAUGCAAAUAUUGAAACUAUUGAACAAAAUGAUAAAUUGUCAUCUUAUCAUCAUCAUCAUCAUCAACCAUUCACAUGGUUUUUUAAUCCAAUGCCUUCAUGA